UCCUCUCAUGCACCUCAGUCAAGCCCAGGCCUCUCACCGCGCUCUACCUUCACUUGAAUUCCUCAUUUUCCGAAAAAGUCCGGGAGUCCGUCGUCUCUCCGUUGGUUACUGCAUGGUAAUUACCCAGUGAUUAGCUGUUGUGAAGAAUUUUCAAGCGCAGUUGGCAGUUGAUAGCGCCUUUCUACGUCCUCCAACCGGAAGUUAUAAUUAUCAGGACUCGAUAUAACUGUCCACCGAGUGAAUAUGGACCGGUGAGGAUCCACAGCGGCUGUGACAUGCGAAUCAUUGAAAAUGAUGAGAAGGAUAGGCGCAAGGUCAGAAGCAUCUGCAGAAAUCCAGGGAGCAUUGAUCCUACUCCUCGUUGCACUGACGCCUACCCUAUGCUCCGCUGGCAUCCUGGAUCCCUGGCAAUGGGCACGCAGUGACAGAAUUGAAGUUAACAUUCCUUGGCUACCCUUCGAGAACGAGACGAGAUGCUACGACGACUUGGGCUGUCUCAACAUCACCAGGAGCUGGUAUCAUCUUAUUCAUCGGCCGUUGAAUGUUUUUCCACUUCCUCGGGAGGUCAUUAACACCCGAUUCAUUCUCUACACUAAUGAGAACCCGACAGAGGGCCAGGUGUUGAUUGUUGCUAAGGAUAAGUCGAUAAAGCGAUCGAAUUUCGAUCCCAAGAGGAAGACAAAGUUCAUUAUUCACGGAUUUAUCGAUACACCGUUGAGCAAUUGGGUGAAGGAGAUGAGGAAUGAAUUACUCAAGCAUGGGGAUUACAAUGUGAUAAUUGUUGAUUGGGCGGGAGGAAGUCUUCCUUUGUACACUCAGGCCACAGCCAAUACCAGACUCGUGGGACUGGAGAUUGCGCAUCUUGUGAAGCAUCUUCAAACAAAUUACGGGUUAGACACGAGUGAUGUACAUCUGAUAGGCCACAGUCUGGGCGCCCACACCGCGGGCUACGCCGGGGAGAGACUAGAGGGGCAAAUCGGGAGGAUAACCGGUCUCGAUCCUGCCGAGCCCUACUUCCAGGGUAUGCCCAGCCAUCUUCGGUUAGACUGGACUGACGCCCAACUCGUCGACGUCAUCCACACUGAUGGAAAGAGUAUCUUCUUCUUAGGGCUUCCAGGUUACGGCAUGAGCCAGCCGUGUGGUCACCUCGACUUUUACCCGAAUAACGGUAAGGAACAACCGGGCUGCACUGAUCUGAGUGAAACAACCCCAUCUCUACCGCUGACCCUGAUUCGCGAGGGCCUGGAGGAGGCGUCGCGUGUGCUCGUUGCGUGCAACCACGUGAGGGCCAUCAAACUCUUCAUCGAGAGCAUCAACUCAAAAUGCCAGUAUGUGGCACACGAGUGCACCGAUUACACCCGCUUCCUCAGGGGGGAGUGUUUCUCGUGCAAAAGUAACAGCAGUUUGAGUUGUGGAAUAAUGGGUUAUCACGCGGAUAACAGUCCGGCCUUGGUGAAGAGGAUUUCAAUGGGUCAGGACGCCUCGGCCCUGCUCGGGUCGAAGUUCUUCUUUUCCACGGGAAAGGAGGAUCCCUACUGCCGGCGACAUUAUAGAAUAACCAUAAAUCUUGCCCGCCCCCCCACCGCCGAGAGCUGGGUCCAGGGCUUCAUGAAGGUGACCCUUCACGCUGACAACGGUGUCAUCAGGAACAUGGACCUCACCCCGAAUGGGUACAUGAAGUUGGAGCACGGAACGACCCGGAGAAUCGUCGUGGCUCAUCCUGGAGGGGCUGCCAAUGAUCUCGGGAAAAUUCGCCGGGUCGAGCUCUCCUGGGCGUACGACAUGGACGUUCUCCAGCCUCGAUCCCUCUGUUUUUUCUGGUGCAACGACAAACUGUACGUCGAUAACAUUGUCGUGGAUAUGAUGGAGCUUCCAGGAAGGGGGAAACGCGAAGCAGACUUCUCCAGCAAACUCUGUUCAGCCUCGCGACAAGAUUACGCCGAGAUAAACAGCGGCUCGAGUGCCUCCUUCGUAGAUAAUUGUUGAUGAUCAACUAAUCACCUGGUAAGAAGCAUCUCAAGAUGACCCAACUGUUGGGCCAGUUGGGGAGACCUCGAUUACUGGCAAUUCUCGAGGCAAAUCAAUCACCUUCGCCGAUCGUUCGAUUCUCCGAAGACAGUCAGUCGUCUUCCGCCAAAGAGGUUUGUCAAUUUCACCGGCAACGAUGCAAUUCAUCCUCCGCUGAUGGAGAUAACAGUGUUCCUGUCCUCGGCAUGCUGAUAGUCAUGUGUGCUGAGCUGACAAUACCGUGUGUUAAGUUAAUACGAAGUGCAAAUUGAUGAGUUCGAAGUGGCUAUUCAUCACGAGUCAGAGAAUCAAAGCAUUUGCGGUAGAUGUUAAGACGUAUACGCUUAAUUGUCAUUAGUACUUAGGCAUUAUCAUCAAUCCCAUUGCUAUCACUAAUAGCUUAUCUUCCUGAGUCCAGGGGACUGUAGUACAAUCGGCCAAAUGAGUUAACGGGAUCUGAAAAUAUAAAUUAUCCUGAUUCCUUUGACGGGAUCAAAUUUCAAGUCUUUUGCGAAUUUCGCGGAUUGUACGUCACUGCAUAUUACGUGGUUCAUUCGAAAAAUCCUUAACCCUUGUGAUAUUUUCAUUGUUUACUGUAGUUUUAUGAUCCUCCAACGUGCGGAACUUUGUCUCCAUUGAUCUUGUGUACAAAUCAAUUUCAAAUCGUUUUGUAUAUUUUGUGUACAAUAAAAAUUGUAGUUACGUUUUUAGAAUUCACUGAUUCAU